AUGAACAGCCACAUGUGUUCAGCAAACAGUUGCCUUUUCGAGAAUUGUUUUAAAGCCGAAAGAAUUAUUAAAUACAUCAAAACUGGCUCGAUAUCAGAUUCACUCAGCCAAGCUGUCAACAAUGAUCAACUAGAACAUGAGAAAGAAACGUGCAGCAUUUGUUUAGAAACAAUUGAAACAAACUUUGCAUACCUGGACGCAUGUUCGCACGGCUUCUGCAGGGCGUGCAUCGACCAGUGGAGAGUGGAGAGGACAACAUGCCCACUCUGCCGUUCCCCAUCCCUCCUCACCAUCUACACCACCAUCAGGGCUACCAGGGAGGAAGUCAGUUAUUUGGCAGAACAACACUUCCUAUGCCCAUUCAUUCAGCCGCCUGAACGCCAAAUAAAAUACAGCCCUAGAGUCAUCGAACACUAUCUCAACAUCAUGAGGUGCAACGUACCUAUUGAUCAGAUGUUUGCUCCAGAUAAAUUGUUGGAUGCUGUGCAACAAAUUUAUGAUUACGUCUUUACACAGAGAACUUAA